UAUUGCCCAUGUCUUGCAUGUGGUUGUUGUAUGCUGCACAUAAAACCGAAUAUUAUAUGAAUGAACUUUUCUUCUUUUUUUAUGUAUUUUGCAAUAUUUUCAAUGUCUUGCGUUUUGGUUUCUUGUUUGUUGCAGGUUUGAAGAAAUUUUUGGCUCAAUAUCCUUCCAUUUUUCUUGUGGACGGCGAUUACGUGCAAGUGAAUUGUUAUCAACAUUCCAAUUCGGAUGAUGGCAGCUACGGUGGCAGACGUGAUUACAUUAAAGAGGCUAAAGACUAUUUUAAAAAUAAAUUAUUGCAAUAUGGCGUUGGUGUCGAGGUACCAGUGCGCAGUCUAUUGGGUCAUAGAUCACAAGCAUCACCACAAGUGAGACAUAUAUCAGGCCAACACAUUAAAGAGUUUACGGAAUUCUUGUCGAAACAUACCGAUACCUUUACGGUGGUAGACGAUCAUGUGACCUUAGUUGGAUGCGAAGAUAUGGAAGAAUUGCCGGCUCGAGAACGUUUGCAUUUGCCGCAAACCAAUAUCGAUACUCGAGGUACACAGCAAAUGUUGGAUUUCUUUGCUCAGUGCAUAGAGCUGAAGGGACCCAUGACAGUGGAUCAACUUUUCCACUUGGUCACCACCAAAUUCCCCCAGGAACAAUGGUUGAGAAUGUUUAAGACUCCCAGCGAUUUGAUGACAUUUUUGCGUUUGUUUUCCGAUUGCUUUCACAUACAAGCCAAUCUAGUCACUCUUCUACAGAAACCCAAACUUAGUGAUUCACACAUACAACAGUCUCAAGCUAAAUCCCGAGAGCAAUACAAUGCUAUGAAUAAUAAUCGCAAUAAUCAGCAAAACAAUCAAGCCAACGAUAAACAGGCGCAACAACAGCAGUCGCAGACAACACCCCAGCAAGUGAGUGCUGUGCAGCAGCGUUUACUCUCGCCUGCUUUGCGCAACAAUAGUUCUCAACAAAAUGCCAAUACGAAUAAUAACAACAAUAAUAUUGCUUCACCCAAUUUCAAAUUGAAUGCUCCCGUUUCUUCGCAUGUCUCGGGAAACGGUGAUUUGUCACAAAAUCGUUCGGAACCCAAUUCGGGUUUCGACAGCUAUAUACCCAUAUCCGAAAUGAAAUUGGAAAAUCUAUGUGAACGCAACUAUCCCACACCCAAUCAAUGCUCCUCCUAUGGAGGCGGGCACAACAAUCAACAACAACAGCAGCCAGCAGGUGCCAAUCAUACACAAAAUCCACCUGCUAUUACUUUGCCGCCCCAACCGCCCACAGAGCGUUUAAAUAGUGCCAAUCAAACUUUAAAGCAGCGUAUCAACAACUUAGUCAUACGCACUUUAGCCGAAAACUACGAGAAAGACAAACAAUCUUUAGCCAAUCAACAGGCUGGUUCUGUUGGCUACAAUCCCCAAAACUCACCCCACAACAGUCCAAGUCACAAUGCCAAUUCUGUCGGCCAUAAUUCAACUAAUAAUUCUCCUUACACAAAUACUCCUAGUCAUAAUUACUUCGUUGGUGAUACCUGGAAAAUUAAGGUUCUACAGAAUACCAGUGUCAUUGCCAACAUUAAGCAGUCGCUGUUUGUUACGGAAGCCAUGUUGAAGUUUGCCCAACAAAACCCAAAUCAAUCGAUUGUCAUUUCGCUGGAUUGCGAGGGCAUUAAUUUGGGUGUCAAGGGUGAGAUUACCUUAAUAGAGAUUGGCACUACACGAGGCGAAGCAUUUAUUUUCGAUGUGCGCACUUGUCCCGAAAUGAUUAAUGAUGGCGGUCUGAAGGCCUUGCUGGAGCAUGACAAUGUCAUUAAGGUGGUGCAUGAUUGUCGCAAUGAUGCCGUCAAUUUGUAUUUACAGUUUGGUAUUCUAUUGCGUAAUGUUUUCGAUACACAGGCUGCCCAUGCUAUUGUUCAAUAUCAGGAAAAUGGCAAGCAAGUGUACAAGGCCAAAUACAUUUCAUUGAAUUCAUUGUGUGAACAAUACAAUGCUCCCAUUAAUCCCAUCAAGGAGCAGCUAAAACAAAUCUAUCGUCGUGAUCAAAAGUAUUGGGCUAAACGUCCUUUAACUCGUGAAAUGUUACUCUAUGCUGCCGGAGAUGUAUUAGUCUUAAUCAAUGAUCAAUUAUAUGGCAACUUAACAAGACAAAUCAAACCAGAAAAUUUGCAAUUAUUUUCUGAACUUUGUACCGAACAAAUAUUAAUGCAUAUCAAACCAAAUGAAGUUAAAAUACGCAAAAAGCAACGUAAAAUAAGUACUGAAGUAUCGGAUCUCAAAAAUAAAUUGGCCCAAACAAAUAAGAGUAUUGUAUUGUCCAAUAGGGAAAUACGUUUAUUAAGAUAUAUGGACUUGACGGAAGAUGAAAAGGAACGUUUGAAGGGCUACUAUAAGGUAGCUAAGAAACUGGAGAAAAUGGAAUCUUCAGGACAGCAAAAUAAAGAUCAAAGUGACUCUGAGGAUGAGCAGGAGGUCAAUGAAAAUGACAAUUUCCCUAGUUUGGAUUCAGUGCCAUCCGAUAACUCUUUGACUGGCACAUUUUCGCCACGUUUUAGCUCGGAACCACCCAGUUUAACUGAAUCCAUGCAAAUGAUGGAUGAAAUCUUAUCAAAUCAAUCUAUGGAUCGUGUGGCUAAAAUUGAUAAAUUGGAAGCAAUUCUAUCGGCUGUGACUUUAUUGCCCAGUGAUCAAAUUAUUACAUCUAACUCUAUGCAGGAUCAAUUGGGUACAACAAUUGCUACCACGGAUAAUCUACAAAUCGUUAGAGAGAAAACGAAAAACAUGAAAAAUUGUAACUGCCAUGGUGAGGCAAGAAGUACUACUCCCACCACCAAUACACGAUCGGUGAAUUCGGAUAAGGGACAGGUGAAAAUGAUCGAUGCAGCAUCACAAACUUUAAGUACUGGAGAUAUUGUUAUAACGAAAAUCAUAUUUGAAGAUGAACAUGAAAAGGCCAAAGAAAAAGUUAUGACUUCAUCGCCAAAACGUAAUAAUUCAUAAAAUAAUAACAGCAACAAAAAAAUGGAAAAAGAGAAACUUAAAUUAAAAAAAAAAAUUGUAAAAAACAAGAAAUUAAAAAAAAAAACUUGAACACACACA